UCUGCACCGACAUCAACAAACGAGCAGAGGAGCGGAUAGAGCGAGACCCGGAGCAGACUGUCUGACAUGUUUGGAUGAGAGGAAAGUUCAGAGAAGAUGUUUUAACACGUGACUUAAAAAAGAGAAGAUUCAAUUAAGGAUUUUCUCACGUUUCAAUUUGGGAACUUUUGGCUGAAAGCGGUGGAUGUUGGGAAGAUGACGGUGACAUAACUUUACAUCUCCGGAUCGCUGCGUUUCUCUUCAAGUAAAUCAAUCUCAAUGAAGAGUCUGUAACCGGGGACCGACACUCCGGGAACUGAAGCCCACCGGACGCGGGGAACCGUGACCCCCCCAGCGGCUUGCCGGGAUGGUGCGCCUGCUGAGCUGCCUGCUGCUGGGAUAUCUGACCUGGAAUCUGCGGAUAUCGGACGCGCAGGGAGAGUACUGCCACGGCUGGCUGGACGCUAAUGGGAAUUAUCAUGAUGGCUUCCAGUGUCCGGAGGACUUUGACACCAUGGACGCCACCGUGUGCUGCGGCUCCUGUGCGCUGCGCUACUGCUGCGCGGCCGCGGACGCACGGCUGGACCAGGGCAGCUGCACCAACGACAGGGAGGUGGACAACACUGAGUAUGCCGCGCAACCUGUCUAUGUGCCCUUCCUAAUGGUAGGAAGCAUCUUCGUCGCCUUUGUCGUGGUCGGCUCUCUGGUGGCCGUCUACUGCUGCACCUGCCUGCGACCCAAGCAGCCGACCCAGCAGCCCAUUCGCUUCUCCCUGCGCAGCUGCCAGGGCGAAACCAUCCCCAUGAUCCUCACCUCCGCUCCCCCAAGCCUCCGCGCCCCAUCACGACAGUCCAGCACGGCCACCACCAGCUCUAGCUCGGCUGGAGGCGGCAGCUCCAUGCGGAGGUUUUCUCUCGGAGGUCAGGGGCAGCAGCAGCAGCAGCACGGCUGCCUGGUGUCUGCCACCGUCUCCUCAUCAGCCUCCACCCCCACCCAGACCCCUCAGACUCUGCCUCCACCUCCCCCUCCCCCUUACACAUCCCCACCCAUGUCAGGAGGCAUGCAGCACCCACUACCCUCCACCCACACCCAGCUACAGCUCCACCAGCCCUCUCACCCCUCUCAGACCACCGGGUUCCUCCUGCCACAGCAGUACUUCUUCCCCCUGCAGCCCGAUGCCUUCUCAGCAGCCAAGAGCUUCGCUGACUUCGGACAGAGCUGACAGGGCUCACAGCAGGGGAAAUAGAGGGAUUACAUGAUUUCUAGAUGGUUGGAUGUGAGUUGGCGAGGACGAACACACACUGCAACACAGCUGGUGGUGUUUGGGUGGAAGGCCCAGAGCUGGCUGAGCGGACACAGAGAGCGCGACAGGAGGACGAGGGAUAAAGUGUGACAAAGCUGUGUGGCCUGAGGCACUUCCCCCUUCUGCAUCACAGGACACAUCAGAGUUCAACAGACCUGUUAGAGGCAGCAACAGUUGUGAAACGUGCACUUUUAUCUAAUGUUUUAAACAGACCUCACUGGACUUACAUUUGGUUUUUCAUACAGGCUGUUUGUCAAGAUGGCAGCUCACGAAACAGACUAAAAUCUUGAACAGUUUAUCACAAAUUUUCCUCAGAAAACUGAAACACUGCACAGGCAGACAGCACCAGCACUGUCACUCUGACACUCAUUGUUACAUUGUUAGAAAUAGAUGUUGGAAACCAGGGAGAUAUUGUGUUUUUUGACAAUCGCAAGGACCUCUGACGGAGGAGAGGACCUGAUACACAAAGGACAUUUCAUUUUGGAGGAAAUGUGGACUUUUAUAAAAUGUUGUACAGACGUUAUACCCAGAGCAGGGUUGUCAUAUUGAUUCCCUAAUUUACAGCAAAUAAAAUGUUGUCUCUCAGAA